CUCGCCUAAAGACCUGUGCGUUUUGGAUUUAGCGAAAUAAAUACCCUAUGGACAUUGGGGCGCUGCAGAGGUUCCUUUUUCACAAUUCUAGGCUUUUUGAUUAGAUUUAACCAUGUUUAAGAAUAACGGGAAGAAGACUGCUAUUUCUAUUGCCAGCACCGCUUGUCUGUGUCUUGUAUUAGUCGUCCUUGUAGUUCAGCAUCACCGCUUUGAAUUAACCGGUGCAAACGCGCAAGAACAGACUCUCGGGAGCGAAGCGGGGGACGCCGUGGAUAAUAAUAAGAAAGGAUUCUCCGCGUACAUCACCAAACUCUCCCGGGGCAGGAGGGAAGCGCAGAAACCCUCGCGCGCCUCUGACUCCAAACGUGACCCCGCGCCAGCAGAGGACAUCACCGCGGAUGAUGUCUUCAUCGCUGUGAAGACCACCAAGAAGUUUCACCAGUCCAGACUCAACCUGCUGCUGGACACGUGGAUCUCCAGAAAUAUGCAACAGACAUACAUUUUCACGGAUGGAGAAGAUGAAGAACUGAAGAAGAAAAUUGGGAGCCAUGCGGUCAACACCAACUGCUCUGCCGCUCACAGUCGACAAGCUCUGUCCUGCAAAAUGGCUGUGGAGUAUGACAAGUUUAUAGAGUCUGGCAAAAAGUGGUUUUGUCACGUGGAUGACGAUAACUACGUGAAUGUGAGGACUCUGGUCAAACAUCUGUCCCAGUACACUCACACCCAGGACAUGUACAUCGGCAAACCCAGUCUGGACCGGCCCAUCGAGGCCACGGAGAGACUGGGAGACAACAAAAUGAAACCAGUGAAUUUCUGGUUCGCCACUGGAGGAGCAGGCUUUUGUGUGAGCCGUGGACUGGCGCUGAAAAUGAGCCCAUGGGCCAGUGGAGGCCAUUUUAUGAACACAGCCGAGAAAAUCCGUCUCCCUGACGACUGUACCAUCGGUUACAUCAUCGAGUCUGUGCUGGGCGUCCCUCUGACUCGCAGUAACCUGUUUCACUCUCACCUGGAGAAUCUGCAACAAGUGUCCAGACCAGACAUCUACAAACAGAUCACUCUCAGUUAUGGGAUGUUUGAAAAUAAGAGCAACAUCAUCAAUUUGAAAGGGGUUUUCUCGGUGGAGGAGGACCCAUCGAGGUUCAAGACGGUGCACUGUCUGCUGUACCCGGAUACCCCGUGGUGCCCCCCUCAGGUUGCUUUUUAGGGCGACCGCUCCUUUCUCAUCCUCGUCCCCGUCCUGCCUCGGUAUCUGAAAGGCUCGUGGGGACCAGUGUUUCGUGUUAGACCGUGAAGCUGCUGUAUUUUGUUACAGUGGUGAUUGGUCUUGUUAUUUUACUGGGCUGCUGUGCGGUCCGCUCCGGGACUCUAACUUCCUGUGUGACCCCAUGACCUCGCCCAUAAUGUCUGGGACGAGCUAAAUGGCGGUCAGCAGGAAGAAGCUUUCAUUGUUAAGCUUUGCAGGCAAUCAGUUGAGCUUUGUCGUGUAAAUGUUGCUUGUAAAUGUAUCUGCAAUUCUCAUAGAAUGUAUCUCACAUAUUCGAGCUUUUGCCAGCUUUCGCAUUUUGUUUUGUUUUAACCGUCUGUACAGGCCUGUGUGGGCUUCUGCGUCUUAGCUUGUUUAUUUAGCUGCUCUCAACAGAUGACUCCGGAAAAGCUUCUGUGUAUGAAGAUGUUUUUAUUUUAAGUUAACAGUGUUAUUCCUCCAUAAUUGAGCUGGCUAUUGGCAAAUUUCCAAAUGCAACCUUUAUUGACCAAAUCUGAGGCGUCAGGACAAAGCACUUUGAAUAUUAGGUGACUUCAUCUAAUCCAUGUCCAUUCAAUGACAAGCCUCAGAUAAAUACUAUACGACUAAAUUAACCCCUCGAAAUCUCUCAAAUAUCUGUUAAAUAUAUAAUGUAUAAUUGUAUAAUUUAAAAAGUCCUUGCAUUGUUACAAUCAGGGAAAUUUAUUAUGGCAAAAGAGAUUUUGAAUUGGGGUUACAAUCAGCUUUUGACUUGCUUUGAAAAGUUUUAUUUGAAAGUUGCACAGCUGAGUUUAAAAUGACCUGUUUGCUCCUGCACAGGCUCUCACCACAGAAGAGACUAAAAUAGAAGACAAAACCAGUUUGGUUUGUAAUUAGAUGAUAUUUGUAAGCAGAUCUGCAGUGGCUCUUAGUUUGCACACAGAUAAAGGUUAAUGAGAGCAGAUCACAGGCUGAGCCUGUCAGGAGCAACAUGGCGGCGUUCACAUGGAGGAAGGCCCUCUGUGUCUCUCUCACCCAUAUUGGGUUACUCUGUACAUCUGGGUUACAGUAUUGUGUACUGCGCUUGUUUCAGUGCGUAGUGACUGUGUAGAAUGUACCUCCCCUGCCUUUGUCAUGGUUUACAUUUGCUUUUAAUGACGUUGUACUGCUUUGAACUGUUCUAAUUGAUGUGUCUAUUCUCCAGUAUCUGGAGGGUUCAAACAGUUCAUCCCAAUACUGCCUCUCAGGGACAAGAGCAGACUGUGGUAUUGAUUACCAAGGCCCCACGCUGGGACCUGAAACUGUUAAUAAAAAGGCAU